AUCGUCUGUCAGUGUGCACACACCAGCGUGGUUAGGCCCGUCGAUAACUUGCGUUAUCGCGUUCAGGCCAUCACUAGAACCACCAGGAACAACACACGAGUAAAGGUUUACCUCGACUCGGUUGUGACUCAGGACAGACCCCCGACCGAACAGUGACGAAAACAGCGCUUGCAUAAUGAAAAUCUGGACGUCGGAGCACAUAUUCAACCACCCGUGGGAAACGGUCACGCAGGCUGCGUGGCGCAAGUACCCCAAUCCGAUGACACCCUCCAUCAUUGGCACGGACGUGGUCGAACGGCGGGUGGAGAACGGCGUGCUGCAUACGCACCGCCUAGUGCAGUCCAAGUGGUACUUCCCCAAGUGGACUCACGCGCUAAUCGGAACAGCCAAAACCUGCUUUGCCAGUGAGCGGUCCAUCGUGGACCCUGAACGCAAGCAAAUGGUUCUAAAGACGAACAAUCUCACAUUUUGCCGCAACAUCAGCGUGGACGAAGUUCUCUAUUACGAACCCCAUCCAGCGGACGCCACCAAGACGCUGCUGAAGCAGGAAGCUACUGUGACCGUGUACGGCGUUCCGCUGUCACACUAUAUGGAGGAUUUGCUCACCUCCACCAUCAGUUCAAAUGCGGGCAAGGGCCGGCAGGGCCUUGAAUGGGUCAUUGGCCUGAUCAACACAGAAGUCCAGGGCAUAGCCCGGGGGACGGAUGAACUCUUACACAGUACACGGCGCUCGAUUGACGAGGUCACCGAGAGCGCCCGCAAGAGCAUGGAUGAGAUUAGCACGCAGGCUGCAAAGGCGGCGAAAGCAAUGCACAUAACGUAGGCGGGCUACGGAGCGGCAAGGUGUAGGUGCGGGCCGCGCAAGGCUGUUAAAUAGUGAAUUAUUAUUAGAUGGCGCUAGGACCGCCGUUGUAGUACAAGUAUGAUGAAUGGCAGAUCGACAACUAGCACACACAAGUGGCAGCAUCCAUUACCCUCCCUUAAAUCUUUGCAUAUAUUUUCUAUCAAGUCCCUUCCAUCUGUUUGGCCAUCAACCCUAACUGGAGUUAUCCUAUUUGGCCAAGAAGCUAGUCCAUUUUUCGGGGAACAGUUUCGGAAGGAACUCGCCUAAUAAUGCUGGGCGCUUAUUUAAUCAGUCAGAUCGAGAUGAAUAAUUACGCAAUACACAGAUAAUGUAACCGUAGAAUGCCGCGGCAAGCCAAGAUCGAAAAGAGCAACAAUAAAACGACAACUACAUAUGCCUAA